AUGGAGAAAUAUCUCAUAAAAAAGCGUAAAUGUGCUGAAGAAAAAGAAGAAGAAGUUGCAGAGGACAUUAUUAAGUCAAAGCGUACAUGUGUCGAAGGCACUGAUGGUGACGUAACAGUAAAACCUGGUGAAAGUGAGACGUCUCGUCCAGGCCAUAUCGUGGAAAGUGAAGAAAAUGAAGUGAGAGUUGAAAGUGAGUACAGCUGUGCGGGUCCGAGCAGAAAAAGUGAUAUGACGGGCUUGAGAUCAGUUAAAACAAUGACAGGUACCAGCAAAAGUAGCCGCAGCAAGUCAUUUCGCAUGUAUAACGACAGUUACCUUGGACUUGGAUUCACUUGCUGUGAUAGCGAAAAUGGCCCUAAACCAAAAUGUGUUGUUUGUGGCUUGGAGUUAUCAAAUGAAUCUAUGACUCCACAGGAAAUGAAGAGACAUUUAUCAACUAAGCAUCGUCACCUGACACAGAAACCUAUAGAUUACUUUAAGAGACUCUUGAAAGAAAACAAACAACAAAGUCUUGGGUUUGAGAAAAAAGUGAAGGUAGCAGAAAAGGCACAGAAAGCAAGCUAUUUAGUAGCAGAACAAACAGUAAAACAAAUGAAACCCCAUUCAAUUGCAGAAUCCUACUUUCUUCCAGCUUGCUGUUCUGUAGUGAAAACUUUGUUUGGGGAUGAGGCUGAAAAAGAAGUGAAAAAAAUUCCUCUCUCAAACGAUACGAUUGGCAGACGAAUCAAGGAUAUGUCAUCUGACAUUGAGAAAAGUGUGUGUGAACUGGUGAAAGAUAAAAUGUUUGCCUUACAAGCGGACGAAUCAACAGAUAUUGGAGGGAAACCUCAGUUACUUGUGUUCAUCCGUUUCAUUGAUGAUAAGAAAAUAACCGAGCAAUUCUUGUGCUGCAAAGAACCAAGUCAAACAACAGGACAGGAAAUAUUUUCUACAGUGACAGAAUAUUUGGUAGAAAUGGACUUAAAUGGAAAUUAUGUGUAG